CCCCCGCCCCCUGCGUCCGGCGAUUGGCUGCUUUCUGCUCAUCAUUUCCCUGCUAGGAAAAGGGAAGGGCCAGUGACGUUCUGGAGCCCGGCUGCAGCUUCUGCCACCUCAGACGCACAAGGUGUUCAAUCUGAAACGAAAGGAGAGCCGGAGCGAGGCAGGCGCCGAGCCGGAGGGAACGCCCCGGGACCCGGAGCUGAGCUAGGGCGCCACUGGAACCUCCGACCUCUUCACUAGCAUGAGAGGAGCAGCCGCCGCCAGCGCCGCCGCCGCCGCCGCCGCCGCCGUCGUCGUCGCAGCAGCAGCAGCAGCCGCCGCCGCCGCCGCCAGUGCCCCCGUCUUCUGUGUCCCUGAUCUCCUGUGAUCGGAGCUCCGGGCGUGCUUCUCAUUUUGGAGAUUUCCAUCCUCCCCCCCUGCACCCCGAACGGAAUCUGUAUGCCAAACGAAGCUGUCAACGGGGGGAAAAAAGGAUUUCCCUGGGCUGGCAAGAUGCGCUCCAUUCGGAAGAGGUGGACUAUCUGCACGAUAAGUAUCCUCCUGAUCGUUUAUAAGACAAAAGAAAUAGCCAGAACGGAGGAGCAUCAGGAAACGCAACUCGUCGGAGAUGAUGAGCUGUGUUCCAAUAGACCACUGGUCAAUAAUUCUAAUAAAAUCAUUCGAAAAGGUGGAUCUUCAAUCUUUCAGCACUCUGUAGAAGGUUGGAAAAUCAAUUCCUCUUUGGUUUUGGAGAUAAGGAAAAAUAUACUUCGCUUCCUGGAUGCAGAAAGAGACAUCUCUGUGGUCAAGAGUAGUUUUAAGCCUGGAGAUGUAUUGCAUUAUGUGUUAGAUAGACGUCGUACUCUCAAUGUUUCUCAGGAGUUGCAUAGCCUCCUUCCUGAAGUCUCACCGAUGAAGAACCGUCGAUUUAAGACAUGUGCUGUGGUUGGAAAUUCUGGGAUCCUGCUGGACAGCGGAUGUGGAAAGGAGAUUGACAGUCAUGACUUUGUGAUAAGGUGCAAUCUAGCUCCUGUGGUGGAGUUUGCUGCAGAUGUGGGGACUAAAUCUGAUUUUAUUACCAUGAAUCCAUCAGUUGUACAAAGAGCAUUUGGAGGCUUUCGGAAUGAGAGUGACAGAGAAAAAUUUGUGCAUAGACUAUCUAUGCUGAAUGACAGUGUCCUUUGGAUCCCUGCUUUCAUGGUCAAAGGCGGAGAGAAGCAUGUGGAGUGGGUUAAUGCAUUAAUCCUUAAGAAUAAAUUGAAAGUGCGAACUGCCUAUCCAUCACUGAGACUUAUUCAUGCUGUCAGAGGUUACUGGCUGACAAACAAAGUUCCCAUCAAAAGACCCAGCACGGGCCUCCUCAUGUACACGCUGGCCACCCGGUUUUGCGAUGAGAUCCACCUCUAUGGAUUCUGGCCGUUCCCCAAGGACUUAAAGGGGAAGGAAGUCAAAUACCAUUACUAUGACAACUUGAAAUACAGAUAUUUUUCCAACACAAGUCCGCACAGGAUGCCCCUGGAAUUCAGAACUUUAGAUGGACUCCAUAACAGAAGAGCCCUCAAACUAACCACAGGCAAAUGCAUAAAGCAAUAAAGCCCAGGAAAACAUCGAACUGCAAAUGCACUUCAUUCUGAGGAGGUUUGUCUGAGGACAGGAUCCCGAAGAGAAGACAGGCUUCAGCAUCCAGCAAGCUCCUUAGGGAGUGUCGGGGGGAGGGGAGGGAGGCUUAGGAGACAUCCAUUAUCAGCUCAUGAAGUGCUCUAAAAAUGUAUGUUUUGACUGCAAGGGUCCUAGUAAGUGCCACUUCUACUCCGAACACAGCUUGAAUGUAUCAUCAGCAGUGUUUACAAGAUCCGACAAUGCAUUCCCAUUUAGAGAGGAAGCCAGCGUGUUCAUGACUGCUGGACUGCCCCCACCACGACAAGCACAUCUGAGGAGAAACCGAGGAAGCCAGCGCUGCCCUUGGGGAAUCCCUCGUCAGCAGAGACUGUGACGGAGACCGUUAAGCAGGGCCACCCGCGACACCAGACAACUCAAGUCCAUGCCUUCAGUCGGGAGUUUAUGUCUAAUCAUGUGUAUCAACUAACCAAUUUGUUUGCAUCGUUCUUUUCUUCUGGCAUCUGUUUGCUUUCCUAUAUGGCAGAUCUUGAAAGAGCCCAAACAGGAUGAUCUGAUCAGGAACAAAACCAAACCCCCCAAAUUGUCAAAAUUCUUUUAAAAGUUAUUUUUAAAGAAAUCACAAAUGCUCAAAAAGUGGUUAAUAAUGAACAACUGUAAGCCUCGAAAUGAUUUGGGGACGAUGAAAAGGUACCAGGAAAACUAUCCAAAUGGUUAUCUCGAGCCAUUCUAAAUGGGAGAUGCCAGUAUCCAAGGCCAUCUGAAAAGGUAAUACCUAAAAAGGAUGGGUCCUUCUUUUGGGUACCAAAGAACAUACUGAUUUGUCCAUGUAAGUAAGAUUUUCUUCAUGGAAGUGAUUCAUCUGCUUAUUAAUAAUCAUGUUGUUAUGUCAUUGAGUUGUCAUUGCUAUCUGGAGAUUUUGCAUUCCAUGAAUUAAUACUUUCUAUUUUGUUUUAAUGAUGACCUGAAAAUUCCUUACAGUUCCUUACACAUUCCUAAGCAACACGUCAUUCUUCUAAAAGGAAUGUUUGUCAGAUAUCAUGACCUGAAACUUGGGCUCAAGUGGUUUAAGGAUCCACUUAUUUAAAAUCCACACGAGGAUGGUGUUGUUUAAUUUCCUCUGUAAUUAAAAAAAUAUGAUCUAGAGUAUAUUGGUAUCCUAGAAGUGGUAGAUAAUUUUAAGUAAGUUGACAAAGAAUUUCUAUAUCACUAUUUUGCAAUUCAAAGGAAAUAAAACAAUCUAGAACACGCAGUAGUAAAAUUCAAUCAUGAUUUCACUUUAGAAAAUAAGAAGUGAGUUAAGACUAUAAAAUGAGAUAAUAAAGCAAAAAACUUUUUAAUUUAAAUAACUAAUAGAAUUGGGUUGUUUUCCAGUCAUCUGUAAGCUUAAGCCAUGCUGAUGAGUAAUUUUGGAAUUAUAUUUUUAUUUGGAAAUAAAAUAGGAAAAGUUUUUCAUUUCCAAUUUCUACUCUGCUUUACAUCAUGAAACAAUUUACUUUAUCUUGGUCUAAAGGAGGAAGACUAAGAUGAAAUAAAAUAGCAAGAAUAUCUGUAUAUGCACACACAUGCAUACAUAAAACAAUACACAUACAUGUACACAUGUGUGUAGAUACACAUAUAAUGUAACUGCAUAACACACCCCAUGAACAUGUCUGUGUUUAUAUAUACAUAUAUGUAUAUUUAAAGAUACACACACAACACAGAGAUGCAUAUAUCUCCCUGCCAUGGAGAAGGUAUAUAUACAAAUAUGUAACAUCUAUAUAAUAAGUACUUAAUAAACAUUUGUUUAAUACAAAGAGGAAGAGAAUGAAUUAUUUUGAAAAUUCUCUCUGAAAAAGCAUUUGUCCACUCAAACUUCAUAUAUUACAUAUAUGUAUACAUGUAUAUGUAUAUUUGUAUGUGUAUGUGAUUCAGAUGCUUUGAUAGAUUACAUUCCCUUCACUUGUAUAGGAACAAAAACCAUUUAUUAAGUGCUUGUUGUAUGUAGAGGGAUGUGCGUAUGACAACUUCAUAUUUGAUUCCUAUUAUGUGAUUUCCGCCCAUGUUUUUCCAUACCUCUUCCAAAGGGGAUCUGCUCAACGUGCUUCUUCUUUUUUCUUUUGAUAUGUAGUGUUGAUCAGUGGAUCACACUCGUCCAAAAGUUGCAAUUCCUCCCCUUGAUAUCUGCCUGGUCUGCCUCCUACUAAAAUCAUAACUCAGAUUCUUAAUGAAAUGUAUGUAAUACGCAUCUAUUGUCAACUUUUCCUCCAACCAGAUAUGCAUUUUUCAUUGGUUUAGGGGGCUCUAUGAGGAACGUCCUCCAUUAAUGAAGAUCAUCAUUUUCUCUUCAAUCCAACAGUCUUGAAAAGUUACCCAGAACACUGAACUGUUUUGUGUCUCGUCUAGAGCCACAACCAGUAUUUGCCAGAUUUGGGAUUUGAACUCAGAUCAUUGUGAUUCCAGGACCAGCUCUCUAUCCAGUGUGCCACCCACCCCCCCCUCAUUCUCUGUGUAUGCAUGUUUGUGUGCAUGUAUGUUCAUGUCUGCCCACACAUGCACACACACAGAGGACCGUGGAGACCACACCUUCAUUUUACAUAUGAGGAAACAAAUCCAGAGAGUCGCUCACCCACGGAGUAUGGCCAAUCCAGAGCCCCAAACCUCAGAGAGCAAAGGAGCUUAGCUUGUGCAAAGCGAGCCUCAGCGUUUGUUCCCAAAAUCUGAUUUCAAAUCCUAGCGUAGACACAUAUUGGCUAUGAGGCUCAGUUCGUGCCACUGAACCUCUCAGUGUCCUCCACAGCGCUGAGUACCAACCUCAUAACCGUUGAUAUUCUGCAUGGGGGAAUCUCUUCACUGGGAAUUCCUUACACUAAUGAAAUCACAAGAUAAAACUCUGUUUAAAAAAAAUAAAAAGCAAAUGAGUACAAGCAUAGGCUCUCACAUCCGAAGUCACUGGCAGAUACAGCUAGGUUUAAAGAGAUGUCUAGGAAGGAUCAUAGCUGUGUGCUCUGUAAAAUUUCAUGUGGAUGAUGUUAAAGUACAGGACGUGCAUUUUGAAUUCUCCGACUUGCCCUGAGAAGUCGAUAUUUCUCAGAAAGCAUAAAGAAAAUAGGAGUUAAACAGACUUUCAAUACCUGAAUUGAAGUAAACAAAGGACAGAAUGAGUCCACAUCAUUAAAAUCAUAAACCACAUUUGAAAAAGCUCAAAUUUUGAAUCUGUUACCGUUGAAAUUAAGUUUGAAAAGUCAGCACUUAAGCAAAGGUAAACCUGAAAACGUUUGAGACUAUUUGGAUUGGUUCAUACAUUGGAAAUUCUCUGAAUCGACUCAGAGUUGAUGUAAUCAAUCCUAUAAGCUAGAAAAGCUCGUAGGAACAUUCAGAGUAUCUUUCAACCAGUAGGAACAAAGGCAAACAAGAGGCCACAUGUCUUCUUUUUCAACAAAUGAAUUUAAGCCUGUUUUGUAGAGCCACCCCAGAAGCAUUUCUACUGUCCACUUUCUGUGCAUUGCUGUCUAUCUCAAAGAUGAAUUGAGUAGUGCCUUUUUAGCUUCACAUUUCUUCGUGACUUUUUGCUUGUGUUCGCCAAAUCUGUUCCCCAGCUCUGAAAAUAUUCCUUCAUAACAGAGUCCAGCAUCAAAAAUAAAACAAAAAGGGCUUCAGCGUUGACUGAGACUACUUUUGUCAAUCUCAGGGAGCUUUUCAUACUCUGAAAUGAAUUCAUCGAAAGGCAUUUUGUGCUCCAAGUAGCAACGUGUAUCAUCCCGUUUCAUUUCCUUUUAUCUCCCUUUCCUUGUUCCCUUCUCCUUGACUAUCUGCUCUGGCCUUUUUAUAGGAAUAGGUCAAGGGAAGGAAUGGAAAACGUAGGGGCAGAGAGAGGGAAAAAUGUCAAAAUUUAGAUAAAGAGGCAAGACUGGAGAAUGUAGAGUUCAUCAAAGCAUCAUCAAAUACUUGGCAUCUCACGUUUCUUAAGGACAGUCACAUAUUUCUCAGCAUUCACUCAUUUCUGUCUCAGUAUUUUAACCCUCUGCAUCAUACUGGAGAGCUCUGUAGUGGACAGGUGCUCUGCUUAGUAUUGUGUCUUCUAAAUGAAAGGCUUUGGGGGUCUGAGCAAUUUCUGGGGAGGCUAUCCUGCUUAUUCAAGCUCCAUGCACUCAGUGAUAAUCAUAAGGCCAGCAAAGGACACAGUGAUCAGUCUCAGAUGAUGACAUCCUGGGAUUUCCUGGUUCACCUUUAAUGUUCAGCCUAGAGGGGUGGAUGCAGCUGGUUAGAUGGUGAAAAGGUCUACCAAUGACUAUGGGAAUUCCAUCAGGGAAGGGCAGAAGGGGCUGAUUGCUCAAGCUAAUCCUCAUAGAUAUCACCUGAAUUCUAUAUCAGUUGCUAAUGGGAGUAUCUACAUUCACGCUUACCAAAAAACAAAAAAGCAAAAUCUUAGGACUAAUGUAUAUAUCUAUUAGAUAUUAAGCUAUUACACAGGAAGAGAGUAUACAAAGACAUUCGUUUUCAUUGGAACAAGUUGGUCACGUGCACAUGGCUUGAUCUUUGGUUCCUAGAAGCUUUUUUAAAGUGUCUACUAGUAGGGAAUAUUUAUCCUAAAUCCAGAUCCUAGAGCAGUGCCUUGCACAGAGGAGGCGCUUAACACAUAUCUGUAGAAUUUCUUUGUGGAAUUAGAGAAAAGGCAUGGGAGAAAUACGUACUAGUUGUCUUUACAGCUUAGACAAAAUGUCCUCAUCAGCCAUUAUACACUUAGUAGCUAUUGCAAGAAUUGGGUAUUAGAAAAACCGUGUUUGUUUGGGGAAAUUCGUACAAAUGAAUGGAAUCCCCUUGGAAGCUUCCAUUUCCCCGGUGUGUGAUGGAUGCACACGUAGAGUACCAAUAGGUGUGUGACUCAUCCACAGUCCCUGCACCCAUAUCCAGGGGGCCCCCGACGCCCUGUUUGGGUAGGUACUUCCAAUUGGUGUUUCACCCACAUACAUGUGUAACCUGCUCAUUCGAGCCUUGUUUAAUGCUACAAUUGAGAAGCAUCUGUUUGGGUGAGAGCGAUGGUGAUACAAAGCACUUCGGUGUUCCUGUCCCCAUUCUUCCUCAAGGCUUUCACUCGUCUCCUGAACAGUAUUGCAGCAAGGCUUCAGUCCAGAAUACUUUAAGAUUCUUCGAGCUGAAAAUGGGUCCCUUUUCAGCACUUUGUACAUUAUGGAUUCAGUAUUUAGAUCCCUCAUUCCAGUUACACAUUCAAUGGUCUUUAUUUGUGUAGGCAAAAGCACAAAUGUUGCCAGUGGAUUCCACACAGGAAAAGAGUUUCCAGAGAAGAACAUUGUUUCCCAGUCCUGUGGUUCCUGAGCCCUUCCGGUAGUGAAGGUUUCUUGUGUCAAGGACCAUCCUGUUGGACACUGUUUCCCUCUUGUUCUGUGUACAGCAUUUGGUAUGAUUGUUUUAUCAUUUGUACAACUGCUCAAUAAAUCUUGUUUUCCACUUUU